CGCCAUCACCGAACAGGUCCGUUCGCCUUGCAAUCUCGUCUUGAGUCGAACAAUGCAAAAGUUAUUGCGAGGAGUAUAAUAAGUCAUCGAACCAGUGCUUCCAGUACCGCAAUUAUUCGAGUGAGAUGGCGAAUGCUGGACAAUUUUCUCGGUUUCCUCGAUCUCGUGACCCUCCCUUGGAACGUCAUUUCUAAGUCACAAGAUCCGAGGCGAAACGCGCCUAAGUGCACAUCGGUGCAUACGUUCGGUGCACCUACAUGCAUCAUCGACGUCGUUACGUAAACUUCAUCUCUCUGAAAAAUCAUGGAUGAUAUAUUUAAAGAUGCGAGAUUUGCUCAUAUUCCGAAAGAUCCCAAGUUCAGAAAGAUUCCAAAGUCUGAACGCAAAAUAAAAAUAGAUAAGAGGUUUCGCUCUAUGUUCAGUGAUAAAAAAUUUAAUGUAAAAUAUACAAUUGAUAAAAGAGGUAGGCCUGUAAAUCAAACUUCUACAGAAGACCUUAAAAAAUACUAUGAUUUGUCAAGUGAUGAUGAGUCGACAUCAAGUGAUCCCGAUGUAAAAAAACCUGUGAAAAGCAAAGUUGUUAAAAAAUCUAAGAGUAAAUGUAAACAAAAGAAUACAAUUGAAAAAAGAGGUUUUAAUAAUUUGAAUAAUGGGGAGUUGCUGAGGAUUAAACCAAGUGAAGUAACUGAUUCGAACUCUGAGAGCAGUGACGAGCAUUCUGAAAUCAAUUCGAUUGAUUCAAAAGAUUCUAAAGUGCUGUUAGAAGAUUUAGAAGAAAAUGAAAAGCAAUUACAUAUUAAAAGAAAAAAUGAGAAAAAAGUUUUAACUGUUGAAGCUAAAAAGAAAUUGAGAGAUCUUACCAUUGAUUAUGCUAGAGGUGAAGGCAUACUUGCAACUGAUAGUUCAUCAGAGGAAGAAAGUUCAGAAUACAAUGGCAGUGAAGAUGAAAUCGAGCAUGACUGGGGUGAGUUAGACAAAGAGGCAGAAGCAACAGAUGAAAUUACACAUCGAAUUGCUGCAUGCAACAUGGACUGGGAUCGUAUCCGUGCCUUGGACCUUAUGGUUUUGUUCAACUCAUUUCUACCAAGUGGAGGUCUUAUUCAUUCAGUCACGAUUUACCCAUCAGAUUUUGGGUUGCAAAGAAUGAAGGAGGAGGAAAUUAAAGGACCGAUAGAGCUAGUAGGAGAAAAAGCUAAAAGUAGAGAAAUUGAAGAAGACGAAAACGAGGAGGGUUCAAAAUAUCACAUGGAGAAACUACGACAAUAUCAACUUAAUCGAUUGAAGUAUUAUUAUGCAGUGAUUGUCUGUGACUCUCCCGAAACAGCCAACAAAAUAUACACGGAAUGUGACGGAAUAGAAUAUGAAUCUACUGCUACUAAACUUGAUCUAAGAUUCAUACCCGAUGACAUGACUUUUGAUCAAGACCCACGGGAAGUUUGUGAUAAAGUACCAGAUUUUUCUAAAUAUCAGCCACGGCAGUUUACGACCACUGCUUUACAGCAGGUUAAGGUGGAAUUAACGUGGGAUGAAACAAAUCCACUGCGGCAAGAAAUUACACAGAAAUUAAAUUCUGGAAAAAUCGACGAUGUCGAUGAAAAUGAUUUACAAGCCUACCUAGCAAGUGGUACAAGCGACGAAGACUCAGAUGACGAAACCAAUAAAUUGCAAAAUAAGGAAGAUAAAUCUGAUUCCGAAUCGAAUGAUGCGAACGGGGAUCCCAUUGAAAAAUAUAAAUCGCUUUUAAAAUCAAUCGAAGAUCAGGAGGAAGAGAAGAAGAAACAGGAUGUUGAACUAGAAGUUACUUGGGGCUUAGCACUUAAAGAAAAAACUGAAAAACUCAUUUCGGAAAAAAUGAAGAAAGAUAAAAAUUUAACACCCUUUGAACAAUACCUUGAAAAGCGUAAAGAGAAAAAGAAGACAAAGAGAGAGGAAAGGAAGAGACUUAGAGAAGAACAUGAUCAACGAUCUGAUGGUUCUGGAAGUGAAAAUUCUGUGCCAUCCGAUGUUGACAUGAACGAUCCAUAUUUUGCAGAAGAAAUUCAAAACAUUAAAAAUAAAUCUGUUUCGCAAAAGAGAUCGAAAAAGAGCAAUGAAGUAGAAUCUGCUGAUAAGCAUGUAGAGGAGCAAAAUAAAGCUGAACUAGAACUGCUAAUGAUGGGAGAAUCGGAUGAUGAGAACAAACAUCAUUUUAAUAUGAAACAAAUUGAAGAAAAUCAAUCCGUAUCAAAAUCUAAAAGAAAACGAUUGAUUAAAAAGAAGAAAGAUGCAAUUGGUGCAGCUGAUGACUUUGAGGUUAAUGUUAAGGAUGAAAGAUUUGCUGCAUUAUUCUCAUCAUAUCACUUUAACAUUGACCCUGCUGAUCCCCAUUACCGUAAAACAAAGGGUACAGAGGCUCUUAUUAACGAAAAGUUAAAGAGAAGAGCUGGUAAUGAGAAAAAUAACAUGAACAAUGAAAAGAAUAUGGAAACGAGCCCUACGAAGGAAUCUUCUACUGUUAAUACAGAAUUAGCAGCCUUAGUUAAAUCCGUGAAGAGGAAAGCUCAAAAUAUUCAUAGACCAAUUAAAUAAUACAUUAGUGUCCUUAAUGAUAGGUUGUAUCAUAAAUAAAUAUAUUUCCAAUUGUCUGUUCUCCAUUAUAUCUUUAAUUAUUCUGAAGACACAUUUCACUCUAAAGAUAUUGACUUAAUUAUUGAACCUGUUGUGUAACUAGGAGCAGAUCUAUGAUAAUUAUGAACAAUUUCAAUGCGUAAACAGUAGGUGUGAUAGCUACGAAAUAUAAACCAUUUAAAAAAA